AUGAUUAGGACGGCUUGUCAUGUUCCAGGCGACACGGCAUCUGUCUUGUCUGUUCUCCAAGUCCAGAGAUGGUUGCGACGCUGCAGUGCAACCCACUCAAAAUAUGGGAGCAUCGGCCUCGAUGUUUCUCUUCCCACACGACUUAUCGACGUUGAAUUUGGAUUACGUCUCGUGGAGACGAAGGGCAUGCAUAACCGCUACGUUUCCCUCAGUCACUGCUGGGGGGAUCGAGACUCGACUACUGCAAAACGGACUUUCAAAAUCACUCGGGAGAACCUCAGUUCAAGCCUAGAGAAUAUUGAUUUUACCUCACUCCCAAGAACAUUUAUAGACGCAAUCAUAUUCACGAGAAAGCUAGGUCUGAAAUACUUAUGGAUCGACUCUCUCUGCAUCAUUCAGGAUGAUCAAGACGACUGGCGCCACGAAGCAAGUCUCAUGGCCAACAUUUACGAAAACGCCGUCUUGACUCUCGGCGCCACGGCAUCCGCAUCAGGCUCGGCAAAAAUACCUAAAUUUCCGGUAUUGAUACGUAUCGAUGCCAGAAUCACUUCAAAAGGAAAAAGAUACAUCGUGUACGCACAACGCCAACUCCCCCACUUGAUGCAAUACGAGCCAUUAUACAAACGGGGCUGGAUCUUCCAGGAACGCUACCUGUCACCUCGCUUUCUGCAUUUCGCAUCCAAUGAACUGAUCUGGGAAUGCAGAGAAGGUAUGGGCUGUGAAUGCAACGAAAACAAACUUUUGGAGACCACAGAUAGCGACCCCGUUGGCUAUUUCAAUGCCUUCAAGUCCUAUUAUCUGGAAGCUUUUACAGCUUCUCCCUAUCGCGUACAAGUCGCUUGGCGAGAUGUGGUCCACGCUUAUACGGAACUUAAUUUAAGUCAUGCCAAAGACACGCUGCCAGCACUUUCCGGCAUCACGAAGAAAUUUAUAGGACUUCGCCCUGAAGAUAUAUAUCUAGCUGGGUUGUGGGAGUCCUCUUUUGUGUACGAUCUGCUUUGGCAUGCAGAAUCCUAUGGGAUUUUGAAGAAGAGCCUUCGACCGCGGCUAGAGAAGUGGAGAGCGCCUACUUGGUCGUGGGCAUCUAUUGACUCGGCAGUUAUGACUAGAGGCACUUCACACAAUUAUGGGAAUGAUGACGAGCCAAGGAUGACUUCAUGCAUAGACGUCCUCGAUGUUAACUGUAUUCCAGCUGGAGACGACAUCACGGGAGAGCUUUCUAGUGGGUAUGCGGUUUUAAGGGGUUCGGUGUUGGCAGGAUAUUUCAGAUUCAAGCCGCGCAGCUAUGAGUCGCAUUGCAUCGCCAAGGGGGGAUACGAAAUGAGUUUCUUCCCGGAUUAUAGGUUGGAUACUGAUGAUGACUCCCGUGUCCAAGAUGGAGACUGCGUUUUUUGCUUGCGGAUCGCUACGGAUAGUCCGAGGAGAGAGAAUAGCUUAGAUGAUUUUCUCGUGCUGAGGAGGAAACGUGGUAUGAUUGGGACGUUCGAGAGGAUUGGGGUGAUGACGCUUGCGGUUGACGGCAAUGACUUCUACCGGAUGUUCGAAUCGCGGCGAGAGGAAUGUGCCAUAACAAUCGUUUGA